GCCCACUCCCUCCGCCUCUCUCCGAGCAGUUGAGAUCGGGAAGUUAACGGCGCCACAGUGAACUGAAAGUUCCACCGUGCCGACUGCCGAGCUCAAGCAAAGCCGUCAGCUGAAGAAAUCCGGGCAGAAUGUGCGGGGACGCGACAAACUGGGAUGAAGAAGCGUACAGAGAAAGCAUUUUGAAGGAGAGGGAGCUCGAAACUCGAACCGUAUUCAGGACUAUUUGGGCUCCCUCUCGAAACCCUAACCCGGACACCGUCGUCGUCGCCACCAGUGAUGGUUCUAUCUCCGCUUACUCCAUCCCCUCUUGCAUUGCCGAACUCCCAAUGGGUUUUAGCAAUUCCAGGGCGCAACACUUGUUAACAGCGGAGCCGGAGGGCUUCCUCCAAGGGCAUGAUGGGCCGGUAUAUGAUCUCAAAUUUUACGGCAAUGGUGAAGACUGUCUGUUAUUGAGCUGUGGUGAUGAUGGUCGAAUCAAAGGAUGGCUGUGGAAGGGAUUUGCAGAAUCGAGGGUUCCUGUUUGUGUGCAAGGAAAUCAUUUGAAGCCAGUGCUUGACUUUGUGAAUCCCCAACAUAAAGGCCCUUGGGAUGCUCUCUCUCCAAUUCCUGAGAACAAUGCCUUAGCUGUUGACCCUCAGAUGGGAUCAAUAUAUUCAGCUGCUGGUGAUUCUUGUGCAUAUUGCUGGGAUGUGGAGAAGGGUGAAAUCAAAAUGGUUUUCAAGGGGCACUCAGACUAUUUGCAUAGUAUAGUUGCCCGCACCUCUUCGAAUCAGAUUGUAACUGGUUCAGAGGAUGGGACGGCACGAAUAUGGGAUUGCAGAAGUGGGAAGUGCAUUAAAGUAAUUGAUCUGCUGAAGGACAAGAAGUCGAAGGGGCCCAUGUCUUUUGUCAGUUGUAUUGCUCUUGAUGCCACUGAGAGCUGGUUGGCUUGUGGCAGCGGUCGAAAUUUAUCCGUCUGGAAUCUUCCUGCCUCAGAAUGUGUUUCACGGGUUGGCAGUAAUGCAUCCGUGCAAGAUGUAGUGUUUGAAGACAAUCAAAUAUUGGCUGUUGGUGCAGAACCUCUACUCAGCCGUUAUGACAUAAAUGGCACUCUCAUUUCACAGAUACAAUGUGCUCCUCAAUCAGCAUUUUCUGUCUCCUUGCAUCAAUCGGGUGUUACCGCAGUUGGAGGUUAUGGAGGCAUUGUAGAUAUCGUCUCUCAGUUUGGAAGCCAUUUGUGCACAUUCCGUGUCCAUUGUGCAUGAAAUAAAAUGAUCUACUAGAAUGUCUAGAUGGUGGACAUGAAAAAAAUGAAUGAUUGAGUAGCCUUCGAAAAUGUUGAAACUAGUAAACUUUUAAUAGUGGGCUUCACCGCAGCACUACCUGGCUUCCCUAGCAGAACUGGUACUUGGCAACAUGUGUCGUUUUUUCAUUUUGAACAGUAACUGAAGUGUCACUAAUUAUUUGAUUAGUUCUCACCAUACUUACUUGAAGGACUUGUAUAAACCUAGUAUUGUCAUUUUCUUUUGAUCAGCAAACUCGGUUAUUUCAUAAUGUUUAAUUUGGUCCAAAUGGAAUGUUUCAAUGGU